UAAAGAAUGCGCUGUUUGUUCGAGGACUGUGUUAGUAAUAAGGCAAAACAAGUCAAUACACAAGACGUGGCGGUGCGAUUUUAUCCAUUUCCCGUCACGGAUUAUGCUAGCGAUCAGCUGCGACGGUUAGCCAAAAAGCAGCUUUACUGGUGGUGCCGAACCUGUGGCGUAGAUAACACCGGGACGUUACUCAAUCAGCUGGCCAUAUGUUCGAGACACUUUCUGCGGGGCACCAGUGCACCGCUAUGGGACGUUUACAAUCCCGACUGGGUGCCAAGUUUAUACAUUCCUCCCAACAAGGUACACCGAGCAGUACCACAACCCAACGAGUACGGCGAAUUCAUUGCGAACGAACAGUCGGCCGAGGAAUCGAUUGCCAAUCCGUUCUGGGAUCAGAAACCGGACACGAAGGCGCUGCGAAUUGAGUUGAUUGAUGAAAUCAUUGGCUAUCAGAUUGGCGGUGCGUACGCAUUGUUGGAUGAACGGGGCGAUGUCCACAGACACAAAGUUGGCCCCUGCGAUGUGUCCCGACUUCCCGAGGAACUGAAAAAGUGCCUUUCGCGCGAUUCUUCGCUGGGUAAGCUGGCGUAUGCUAAAGCGGCCCGAACCGUGCGUCCGGAGCGAAUGUUUUCCGCCAACAGUGCCGUAACACCGGUGGACCUUGCCACGACGCCCCGCUCGGAAUCGGAACGCAUCAUCAUGAAGCUACAGCACAGCGUCCUCGAGCUAAUAAACCUGCUAAACGAAACGGAAUGAGCAAACUGCAAAGCGUGUUCUUUGAUUUGAAAUCGGGGUUCUUUAUUCGCUAGUAAAAUUACGACAAAAA